AUGUUAAUAUAUGAAUUAGAAGAGAUAAAACAAAUAAAUGAAAAUUCUACUUCAAUAAUAAAAUAUGAUGGUACAAAUACACCCUUCUUGUAUAGAUAUUUAUUGAAAAUUAAUAGAAUAAAUAUGCGUUUUUCUUUAAAAGUAAAAAAUGAAGAUAUUCCUAUUUUAAUAUUAGGACAAGAUUGGUUAAGUUAUGUAAGAGCUACCAAUAUAAAAAGUAACAAGAUCUUUAAAAUAUAG